GAUUCUAUGCGCGUGAAGAAGGCUCGGCGCCUGAAGGCCCUCUUUCACGUCGCUGCUGCCUCUGCUUGCGCGCUGCUCUCGGUUUCUCUCGUCAUUCCUUCCUGCUCGGCCUCGCGGCUGGGAUUGGCCGGCGUCGUGGGAUUCACCGGGGCUCCACUGCAGCCAGCUGGACGUUAGCUCAUCUGCAAUUACGUUGUUCAGGUCGUUGGUGAUGAGUAAAAUGUUGGAGCAUUUUUUAGACUAGUUGGAAAAGGGGAGCAGGCCGGGAAUUAAGCUGCCGGAUAGCUUAAAGUGUGUUGUUCAGUCAACACAAUUGCAAAUUCGUGCUUUUCUUGGUUCUUCAGAAGGCGCCGCGGACGAGUGGCAGUUAUGGGAACUCCGCAGUGGGAUCGACGUCAGGAUGCUCUGGGAAAUUUUAAUAUGCUUUCCGAUGAUGUGUUAUGUACAAUUCUCGGAAUGCUGCCGCCGCGAGAUGUUGGCACGCUGGCAUGUGUGAGCAGUGUUUUUUAUAUCUUCUGCAAUGAAGAACCUCUCUGGAUGCAGUUGUGUCUGGAGAAACACGAGGGAGGUCUCGACUACAAGGGCACAUGGAGGCAAACUGCUUUGGAAAAGUUGGGUUUGAUCAAAAGCUCAGCAGAGUAUUUCAAGAAGCCUCGUCAUUUUGAAGGUUUCAGUUCAAUGUUUUUGUAUCGAAGAUGGUAUCGUUGUCAUGUUGCGCUGGACAGUUUUGCCCUAGACAAAGGUGCCGUGGAAAGGAAAAGAGGUCUAAUGCCCGAAGAAUUUACUGCCAUUUAUGAUGGCAAAAAACCUGUUCUUCUGGCUGAUUUGAUGACCGAUUGGCCCGCAAAUGAGCGCUGGAGAUUAGACGAGCUCGCAAAAUCAUGUGGAGAUGCGGCCUUCAAGGUGUCUCAACCACACGGAAAAUCAAUUGAUAUGACGAUGAAAGAUUAUGCCCAGUACAUGAGCAUCCAGCAUGAUGAGGAGCCUCUAUAUAUAUUCGAUGCACAGUUUGGAGAAUCAGCACCAGAGCUUUUAAAAGACUACAAGGUGCCAGCCUUGUUUUCCGAGGAUUUGUUCUCAGUUCUGGGUGAUUCCCAUCGACCUCCUUUCCGUUGGUUUGUUCUCGGUCCUGCUAGGUCAGGGGCUUCAUGGCAUGUCGAUCCAUCUCUUACCAGUGCGUGGAACUCUCUAGUGAGCGGGCGGAAAAGAUGGGCUCUGUAUCCCCCUGGUAAAGUGCCUCCAGGAGUGCUGUUGGAUGUUGACGAGGACGACGGCAGUGUACAUUACGACGGACCAACUUCUCUUCAGUGGUGGCUUGAUGUGUAUCCUCAUCUGGAGGAAGAAAAUAAGCCCUUGGAGUGCACGCAGCUACCUGGCGAGACAAUAUAUGUUCCAAGUGGGUGGUGGCACUGUGUGCUUAAUAUUGAUGAUUCAGUUGCUGUAACACAGAAUUUUGUUAACCCCAUCAACCUUGAGAUCGUUUGUAUGGAUCUGUCUCCUGGUUAUCGCCAUCGAGCAAUUGCUCGAGCUGGUGUGGUUGCCCUAGAAGGGCGGUCCCUGAUACCGGAGAAUGGAAGAGCUGUUGGACGCGAGGCACAUCCCAUCUUCACACAUGUGGAGGCAACACCCUUAGGGCCGACGGAACCCGUUGUAAAGAAGACCGUUAAUGGAAAAAACAAAAACUCCUCCCACGAAAAACCUGGGGCAGAUAUAGUAGGAGGUGUUACAGACGAGAACCUUCUUCUCGCUUUGAAGUCCUUGAAGAUUCAUUCAGAUGAGCAUGUAGAUCCAGCUGCAUGGCAUCUCAGUGAAGGAAAGAAUAUGGGUGGAUCCAUGAUGCGGGAGUGGCUUAGAAGAUUAUGGGUGGACAGGCCUGAACUCCAACCGAUAGUUUGGAAGGGCGCAUGCAUUGCCAUCGAUGCAGGAGUGUGGUUGCAAAGAAUCAAAAUUAUCUGCAAGGCGCUCUCUCUUCCUGUUCCUACCAAAGAGGAACAACUUCCUAUCGGAGAUGGAAGCAAUCCAGUCUAUCUUGUAGGAGAAUAUGUAAUCAAAAUUUACAUACAGGAAGGAGGACCAGAUGCGUCAAUCGAGGGAUUAGGCUCUGAGCUGAAUCUUUAUGCUCUUCUGAAAGAAAGUGGAUCAUCUUUACAACAAGUUAUUCCAGAAUUUGUAGCCAGUGGCAUUCUAUAUCCCGUUGGUGAUAACUAUAAGGCUGUUUCAUGGGACGGAACAGGUGAUUGUUCCCUUGUUUAUAAAAAGGAUAUGCCAGCGGGGAAGAAAAGACAUCGGGACUCUAUAAAAAAUGCAAACCUCAGAGUGCGGACCAAAUGGUCUGCAAAUUCCAAUGCUCUGAAAGUUCUUAAUUCAACCGGAUGUGAAUCAGGAGAUGAGGAGGAAGAGAUAAAGUUAUGGCCUUACUUGAUCACAAAGCGUUGCGAAGGAACGAACUUGUCUGAAGUGAUACAUGAUAUGGCAGAUGACGAUCUCCAGUCUUUAGCUUCCUACUUAGGAGAAAAAGUCAAAUUGUUACAUAUCUUACCCCUUCCCAACUGCACUUUGGAAUCUGAUGCGAACGAGAUGCCAAUUAAUGUUGAACAAUCCAAAAGCGAGGAUAGAAACGGAAGGCAGUCAAAGGGUCCAAAGCGUGACCAUAUCACACGACCCGAUGCUAAAAGUUCAUCCAUGUCAAAUGGCACAGCCAGUCCAGCACCUGAUUUGUUCAAUGGCGGGAGCACCUUAACAAAUGACAAGUCUGCGCAUGUAGAGGUUCCAAAAGAAUGGCAGCUCUUCGUAUCUUUCAUGAGGAAGCAACGCGAAACCCUUAUGGAGCGGUUACGUGAGUGGGAUACUCUUCCUGAAGUUCUAAUGAACAAAGUUGAGGCCUACAUUCCGGCUGAUCCCGUGGCACUGCUUGGUGACCUUCAGGUGCACAACGGAAGAGCUUGUAUCUUCAGACCACCUGUCUGGUUGCACAAUGAUUUGAUGGCCGAUAACAUCCUUGUGGAAUCUGCACGUUUAGAGCCCGUUACGCUUUCGAGUAACGGGAGUCACGGUCAGUUGACUAAAGCAUCUCCCGAUGUUCGAAACCGGCAGAACCUCAAAGCAUCCUACAUUCUUGACUUCGGGGACUUGCUUCACGGUGAUGCCCUGUAUGAAUUUCUGCCCAUACACAUAGACAUAUUCCACUUGAAGAAAGAUCUGAUGGAGACAUGUUUAAAGAGUUAUGGGCUGCCUCUCUGCAACAAACUUGGAGUGAGAACUGCUCAAUUUUCUGAAGGAUCAGAAGGUGUACAACAAUUCAGGCUAUCGUAUUGUGCCAUGUGCUAUUGUCUUCUACAUGAGCUGGACGAAAUGUCUACAAUCUUCAGGCUAAGAAAAGAUCUGCGAACAGCGACAUCUUUUGAAGACAUUGAAGAGACGGUUUGGGGCUUCCUCAAUGAAUAUUCGUGUGAAAAUAACAGUACCUAAACCAUGUCGACCAGACUUUUGUCUUUUGUUGUAUCAGGUAGAUUCCUUUUGAGGUUCACAAACACUGCGCUGUCGCGAGAAGAUCUGCCGCCAACACCGUGUGCCAUUAGCAAACUAACCCUCCAGCACAGUCCGUUUCCUGGACCAUCGUCGUAGGAGAUUGCUACUGAGAACACCUCCCGAAAUCACUACGAUAUUCUCGUCCCUCAAUUUUAUGAGGGACCUUCUGCCUUUCUUAGCCUUUCAGAGUAGGAGUCGAACUCGCCCUAUAAUACUUGUAGAUGAUAUGAACCAGUCUCAUUAACUUCUAUAUCAAGUGUCUUUGAGCAAUUCAACCACUUGGUUAAAAAAUGAGAUAUUAAAUUAAGACCAACCUUUUACACCAGUGAGAUGACAUUUUUCGAGCUUAAGAGUAAAGUUCCCUUGUUCAGUUCGUAGGUUAGGCCAAAACGUACCCAUACCUUAUGUAAGAGGUCAGAGCCACUUGUUUUAUCAAGUUCUCUGGGAAGUCAUCAAUAGUUCUGGAGGGAGUCUCAUUCAUGAAGAAUUGUCCUGUAUAAUUGCAGACGAUCUCAGAGUUAUAUAUUAAUUGAUACAAGGACUUUCUUGGGUUUUUGUAACACUAUCUAACGAGCUGUCUUGACUUGUUGGAUAAAGGUUUCUUGUCUUUUGCUUUUACUUCUCUUCGCUGAGUGCAUCAUGUACUCAUCCUCUUGUUGGUAUAUUCAUAGGUGUAAAACACUUGGAGCUGCUAUUUCUGUUCUUGUGCAAUAAGAUAUUGUUGGAAUAAACAUUAUAC